AUGAGAGAUGAGGGAGAGGAGGUGGAGGCGAUGCGGAUAUCAGGCGGAAGGGAAUGCAGCAGAUGCAGUACGGCUUGCAACAACAGCGCCAUCGUGCCAUGCAAAAUUGAUGGUUUCGUUGGGUGUUGGGAUGUUGUGGGGAUUAAGUGGCUGCUUUAUGGGCGGCCAAGAAGUAGGACAUCCAUGGAGCACAGAACUUUGGACCUCUUAUGGCCUGGCAGGAGCAAAUUUAAUACCGGAAAUCAAUCUUGUGGCUCUUCAAUCAAUUGAUAAAAUGGCAGAUAUUGCACGGCCUGUUAGCUUUCUUCUGGCCUUACUCCUUACUCCACAAAUAAAGCGAGGAAAACUGAGCUCUCUCUCAGGAGAGAAAUUGAGAAAACGAGAGAGGAAGAGAGCGGUUAACAUUUCACCACGAACUUUUACUUAAUGCGCGCGCUUUUGAGGGCCACAGCAGUUUAACUGCUGAGCAAGGAAAGUGCUGAGUGAAUUUCCCAGGAAUUUCCCGCUAUGAAUUUCCAUGCAACAUGCUUCGCAGUAGAUAGAAAAUUUCUUGCGCUGACCGCGCGAACUUAGAAACAAGAACAACAGCAACAACAAUGGCAGUUAUUAAGGCAGCAAAAAAGCACAGCAAUGGAAAACCCCAAAGCAGAGCGGAGGAAAAACUUAUCAGGCACAAGGAUGAAUUAUAAUAAUAAUGAAAAAUCCAGGGGUGCGGGUGCGCGGGGCACAUUCUGCAUUCCUUGCCCACUGGCCAAGGUUAUUUCACAUUACGCAUACGCCCCGCAGCCCACAGAACUGGCUGUGGCUGGUUAUGGCUCACCAACACAUGGGCUUGCAGGGCACAAAUGUGAAAGUUCACUGCCAGCGAAUGCAGCUGCUAUUUGUUGUGCCUCUUCUGGUCCUGCCGCUCCUAGCGCUCCUGCCCCGCUGAUAAUUGACACUUUCAAUUAGCUAUCGCAAUCAGCAACAAAAGCGGCCACAACAAUGUGCCCAGGAGAAGGGAAACCUCAUCGGAAAUACAUUGUACAUUGGAAAAGCUUGAAAUGAGUGGGGAGCAGUCAAAGUGCACAGCAACACAAGAAAGCCAUCAAGCAAAGGUCAGAAUGCUAAAUGGCCAACCGCAAUCGAAAGAGAAACGAAUUAAAUAUGCAGGCUUGUCAUCUUUUCAUUAAGGCAUCCCAGUCAGAUACUAUUUUUAAGUUAAAUUGUGAAAACUAAAACUACUUUUGCUGCAUUAAAAUUUGGCACUAUAAAUACUUUUACUUAAAAAGUAAUAUAACUAAAUAUAUUAAUACAACCAUAAGUCGAAAACGUUAAUCCUUGUGUACGGUAAGCUCAAAAGUCCUUUUUACUUGAAUGUAAACUAGGACAGAAUAAUAUACGAUAUACAUAUGUAAAAAAGGCCAGAAAUAAUGAACAAUUUAUUGUCCUCCAUAGAAUAUUAGAAUAGUUGUCGAAAUAAAAGUAAAACUAGAAAUUAUCUAGGUAAAUGUUAAAUACUCCCUUUCUUUGGAAACCAUAAGUUUAUUAUUUCUACUGCAGUUUUCGAUAUCUUUCCUGGCACCUAAUUCCCGGAAAAACAAUGCUCUCACCUCCGAUUUCAGCUGAAUUUUAAAGUGCGACACCUUCUGUAGCUUUGCAUAUAGUUGACCAACUGAACGGCGAAGCUUCAACUGGUUGCACGUUUGUAAACUGGGUCAUUUAUCAACUGACAUCACCUGUCAACGGGGGAUUUCCUUAUCGAGCAAUAUAUGUAUUUCAGUCUCCGUGACGUCACGUCGCCCAUGGAGAUCGCUCGAAAUUUAUGCAGAUAACUGAAUUGGCGAGCGAGUUU